AUAAAUAUAUGAAUCCAUGCAUUUCAAUUUCAAUUGCAAAUGCAAAUCCAAUCCGUUUCUAUAUACGCUUUUGAUAUUUGGGGUUUGGGGUUAGCUUGAAUUUGCUAUUUUCUUUGUUUUUCUUUCUUCAUUUUCUUUUUGAUAAUUUGUCUUGGUAAUGAGAGUGAUAGGAGGCACAAUGUUCGAUGAUCAAGCAGAUGGCAUUCGGAAGUCCAAGUUUGGGAAAACCAUAUAUUCGGAUCCCAACAUGUCGAUGACAUCUCCGGUGAGCGAAGAUGAUUUAUGUCUCCGACAUAGCAGCGCGUCGGCUAAUGGACCUUUGGAACCGAACCGAUCGAGCGGGGAAGGUUCGCCGUUAACGAUGUCGCCGUGGAACCAAACUACUCAUUUCAACAAAUCAUUGUCUAUGCCAUUUGAUAAUGAUAAUGUUCCGGCCAAUAGUCUCAUCAUGUCACUUACACGUGAAGAAGGUCAUAUUUAUUCAUUAGCUGCUUCAGAUGAUUUGCUUUAUACAGGUUCUGAUAGUAAGAACAUACGUGUAUGGAAAAAUCUUAAAGAAUUUACUGGUUUUAAAUCAAAUAGUGGAUUGGUUAAAACCAUUGUUAUAGCAGGUGCAAAGAUUUUUACUGGUCAUCAAGAUGGUAAAAUUCGUGUAUGGAAAGUAUCUGUUAAGAACCCUGGUGUUCAUAAACGAGCUGGUACAUUACCAUCUUUGAAAGAAAUCCUCAAAAGUUCAAUUAAACCAAGUAAUUACAUUGAAGUGAAACGCAAAAGAUCUUUAUGGAUCAAGCAUUCAGAUGCUGUGUCAUGUUUGAGUUUAAAUGAAGAACAUGGUCUUCUUUAUUCAGCUUCAUGGGAUAGAACAUUUAAAGUAUGGAGGAUUGCUGAUUAUAAAUGUCUCGAAUCGGUUAACGCGCACGACGACGCGGUGAAUUCAGUAGUAUCGAGGUCCGGCGGGGAGAUGGUUUUCACCGGUUCGGCGGACGGGACGGUUAAAGUAUGGAAAAGGGAACAACAACGUAAAGGGACAAAACAUAGUUUGAACCAAACAUUGUUACAACAAGAAUGUGCUGUUACAGCAUUAGCAAUUGAUGCACCUGGUUCGGUUUUAUAUUGUGGUUCCAGUGAUGGCCUUGUUAAUUUUUGGGAACUUGAGAAAGGAUUAGCACAUGGUGGUGUACUUAAAGGACAUAAAUUAGCUGUUCUUUGUCUUGAAGCAGCUGGGAAUUUGGUGUUUAGUGGUUCAGCUGAUAAAACUAUAUGUGUUUGGCGUAGGGAUGGUAACAUUCAUACAUGUCUUUCGGUUCUAACCGGACAUACAGGACCGGUUAAGUGUUUGGCAUCGGAAAAAGACCCGAAUUCGACGAAUGAACAACGAUGGAUUUUGUAUAGUGGCAGUUUGGACAAGUCGGUGAAAGUGUGGAGUGUGUCGGAAUAUGCUCAAAUAGGGUCGACCAUGCAACCAAAUACUACCAGCUAUGAAGAAUCACCAGUUUCUGAUGGGAGUUAUUCGUCUGCAAGUAAUAAUGGGAGGUACUGAAAUGCAAAAACUGAUUGGAUUCUUUUGAAAGAACAGGGAUGGGUGUAGCUUUUUAUUAUGUUGUUGUUGUGUUGGGAUGGGAUCAGUUUGAGGGUUUUAAUUUGGGGUAUAUACUAUAUAGUAAAUAAAAGAAUGUUGUGGGGACUUUGAUGAAAUAUGGGUAACCAUGAAAAUUGCAGACAGUUUUUAUGUAUAAAGCUUUCUUUUAAUAAAAUUUGCUUUGUUUUUUUUUUAAGCCA